UGUCAAAAGUGUCAAAAUUGACACGAAUUGGUAUUGCAAUAUUUGCAAUCGUGGUUUUGCACGAGAAAAACGAAAUCUGUUAAAUAAUUUAUUUAGGUCUAUUAAGUUUUAAAAUACAAUUUUAUAUCGUAAUUUAGUAGCUAGUUCAUAGAAUCAUUUAAAUACGUAUACGUAUGAUGAGUAACAAAAAUGCUGAAUUUUCGAACCCGCAGAACUUGCCAGCCGAGAGGCUAUUGCUGUCGGUGUCGGAUUCGGGCGUUAUGCGACAAAUCAAAGCAUUGGACCCAUAUUGGGUGGAAUCAAGAGAGAUGAUAGUGUACGAGAGCCCUCCAUCGGGCAGUGGGCUGGUUCUUGGUGCUGUAGAUGCGUGGAAGGCUCGGAUGGAGGGGUACUUGGAAGAUCUGAAGUGGCUUCUUAGUUUAGAACAUCACAGAUUUUGGAGCACAGUGCUAUACCACCCCCAGUGCAUGGACUCGUUGGUGUCCUUCCUGCAAGAGGCGAGCCCGCCGUAUAUGCCGCCACACGAAAGCAGAGACGUACAGAAACUGUACAGCGAAAUAAGGAGGCUGAUCUUGGUUGUGUUUAGCAGGCUUAUUACUAAUAAAGAGAGUAAGUCCCAGUGGAUAAGCAAAGAAUACAUGGCCGACCUCAUAUACGACAAUUUCGUGUUCACGAUACCUAUACUAUGGGACACGUGCCUGGUGUACGGCGUGGACAACACUAGGCACGUGUCUAGAGUGCUGGAGAGCGUGUUCACGCUGCAGCCGCGGUACGAGGCCGACGCGGCGGCCGCCGUGGCUUUCGUCAAUGAGGCCUUUAAAUACAUAAUCCUGCAAGUGAAUAAAGACUACGACGCGGUAGAACCUCCGAACCUGCCCAAGACCUUCGAAGGCUUCGGCGAGAUCAAGCGGCCGCCCAACACCAAGGAGCAGGGGCCGCUCACGUUUAGUAUAUUGAAGGAUUUAGUCAUUCACUUGUUGGACAUGGCGAUGACGCUGAGGAUAUUUUUAGAAGCGUACCCUAAGGGUGUUCAGAUAUUUAGGAAGACUAAUUUUGUAAAUAGUAUAGUGCAACUCUACGAAUACGGCAUACCGAACUUAUACGAGAAACUCAAAGAAGUGGGCGAUGAAACCAGCGUCGCGUACACACAAGUUGAGGGGCACAUCGACACGGCGCGCGCAGAGCUCAUUGACAUAUUCAGAGAAAUGCUGGCGGUGUAUAAGAACGCAAUAUUGAAUGGAGAAGGCAGCGUGAGCGCCCACGUAGAAGAUUACUUGGCUGUGAUGAUGGAUGGUCUUUCAGAGCGGCUCCUCAUCAGCGACUACCAUGCUUGCUACCCUGUCCAUGAGGAUCUGGAGAUGCUGAAGGUGGCUUAUCCUGACAUCGACCCAGUGAAAACGGACUUCAUACUCCAAGCAAUCUACUCCAACCUCGACGAACCGAUCCCCUCACCCCUCACCAACGGCUACUCCGCCCCCUCGCCCCUCACCAACGGCCACUCCGCCCCCUCCCCGGACGCGGCCCCCCCGCCGCCCGCAGACAACGAGAUCCCCGUCGACAUCAGGCAGGAGUCUCUGAUCAGUGAAGUGAGAGAUAUUCUACCGCAUCUGGGCGAUGGGUUUAUAUUGAAAUGUUUGGAGCAUUAUGGUUUCAAUUCGGAGAGGGUAAUAAAUAGUAUAUUGGAGGAUACUUUGGACGCUUCGUUAAGAGGCCUAGACCAAUCCCUUCCAAUCAUACCAAAAGACCCGGUCGACGAGAAGUUCCUAGAGACCGGUGUGCAGCGACUGAACGUGUUCGAUGGAGACCAGUUCGACAUCAUGACGAGAGACGACGUGGACCUGACCAAAAUACACGUGGGGAAGAGGAAGGAUAAACAUAGGAAUAUUAAGGAGUUGCUGGACGAUAAGAGCGAUGUUAGGCAGCGGGUGGAUAUUUACAGCAAAUAUAAUUUGGUGUGCGACGAGCAAGCGAUGUACAGCGACGAAUACGACGAUACAUACGAUUCUGACGGAGUCACUCCCGCCCCAGCGGACCCCACCGACGAGCGACGUCCGUUUGUUACACCGAGAGCAUUGCAGACACGACACGAACUAGAGAGUUCAUCCGAAGACGAGCCAGAACCGACGCCAGCGCCAUCUACCUACAACGCGCGGAACCGAAUGGACUUCUGUCAGAACCCUGAGGAGAUCCGAGCGAGGCGGGAGGCCAACUACCAGGCCAGGCGAGGCCGCGGCGGCCAUCGGCCUCCCCCGCCGGCCAACAAGGACGUGGUGGGCAAGCCUCGCGGGCAAGGGCAAGACAAAGAAGUCCUCGCCAACCGCGACCGCAAGGAGAAGCACAAGGGCUCCCGCGGCAACCACUCCCGGCGGCAGGGCGCGCAGUGGAAGCGCAGCCAGGGCAUGAUGCCCUCGUAGCGGGGCUCCGGCUUCUGUCCUCACAGGGUACUCGACAAUGUCAUCUUCGAUAAAUGUUUCGUUUAGAAAUACAUUUUGAAACUAAAGUUUUUGAUACACCGUAUGUUGAGAUAGGUUUUAAACAAAAUGGGGUCUAAAUAGGCUUUUAUAAACGUUCCACAAGGCCCCACUUCUAUUUUCCGCAAAGAACACCCUGCCGAACACUGGUGGUCUACCGCAAAAAUCAAAAAUCACUCAAAUAUGCAAAAGUGAUAGUAAAUAAUGAAAUUUCGACCCGGGCGAAAUUUCGGGCGGUAGACCCUCACGGGACGGUACAAUCCGUACACAAAAGUGUUUGACGCAUGCCUCUGUUUGGUACUCGGCGGAUAAUGUUAAAUGCUGAGCUAAGUCUGUCUUUAACAAAAAUGUUUUUAGACAAACAUUCACCAAGAAAAAUCCUAAAGAACCCAAAUCCAAUGAGACCUACCUUAUAUUAAAUUACGUGAGUGGAACAAAUUAAAGAAAAAAAAAAAACAUUAUACAAUAUCCCGUCCACUUCCACUACAAGGUUUUAAAUGCAGGAUUAGAUUCUACUCGCUAAACUUUAUUAUGGGACCAACCCCGGAAUGACGAAAAAAUAAUGGCUCAGAUCAGGGGCCCAUUUCUCGAACGGUAUUAUGGAGUGUGGAAUUAAGAGGAGUGACAUCUCUUAUGGUAGAACUGUUGCAAAAGUGUCCAGCUGUCAGCUAUAAAUAAUAGUUCCAAAUCUCUCCAGAGUAGCGCUAGAGUAGCUAAGACCCUAGGCGCUAUUGACGGAGUGAAGUGCGCUGUCUAUGAUUUGAUUUUUUUGUUCAAGUAUUCUAAGUAUUGUAGCGCCACCUAUUUAAGGUUUUUUGAUGACACUUUUUGGUACAUGGAGAUUUAUUUCCUUACCUCCACCUUCCGUAAACGGUAUUAUUAGACUAAUAAUAUAAUUCCACAAACUGUCAAGUCGUAUGGGUUACCAUGGCAACACACUCAUAAUAUUAGACUAAUACCUUUCGAGACAUGGGCCCCAGAUGUCGACAUUUUUUUAUGGGAGAGCCAACAUUUUUUUGCGAUUUCGGGAUUGGUAUCUUAAUAAAAGCUGCGUUUUGCGAAUAAAAUCAAACCCUGCAUUUAAAGCCCCAUGCCCAAGCCACGACACACUGUAUAACAUGAUAAUUAGGCCUAAGAUAAACUUGUAAGUUUUACUUACAAAACUAUUGUUAAGGAUAAACAUAGUUUAUUAUUCAAGUAGGCAUAUUACUUUGCGCUUAUGAUCGUGAAAUAACGAUAGACCGGCUCUAACCCUACACCUCUGACCCGAGAAGAUUUAAAUCCCCCCUCAAUUGGAGGAGGGCAUCCCAAUAUAGACCGGCAAGAAACUCGGCGGGACACAUCUUUUCAAAAUUACAUACAGUAGCUACUUUUCUUUAUAGAAAUUUGAUUAAAAAAUAUAAUAAAUAUAAUGUCAUAUCAAAUCAUACAAUGAGAUAUAGACACGCGGUAGUGUGUCCAGCCGAGUUCAAAGAACAAGGGACUGGCGACGCUGGUUGCUACGUCACCAGUUCCUUUUUCUUUGAAAAGUUUUUACCUACAUGCUUUUUUUAUAUUGGCUUAUGUUGUUUUUCACAAAUUUGUUUUGUUGGUAAAAUAUAGCCAAGUCACAUCUUCAACUUGAAUUACAUCCCAAGUAAAAUACAUACAUAUAACUUUGCACUCAUGAUCCCAAUUAUUUUGUCGGCGAAGUCAAUAACAACGCAUAUACUCGUACUUCUUAUUGAACUUGGCUCUCUAUUGGCUUGGAUAAUGAUAUUCAUCUCUCAUUCUGUAGUAUAGCUGUGUCCCUGUUUAUGUAAGUAAAACUUAAUCUUAGGCCUUAAAUAAGUACAUAGUGAUGAACGUGAUAUUUUGCGAGAAUGACAUGUGCUGUGGGAAUAUUUAAUUUAUUGUACAGUCACGUCUAAAAAUAUCGAUACGGACAGAGGGCCAAAAAUAUGUAUACAUUACCUUAAUAUAUGGGCAAUAAGGUCGUGUAUACAUAUUUUUGGCGUGACUGUACCUAAAUAGCGAAAACUGUACUUAGUUUUAUAACGCACAUAAUGUACAGCAGCCAUCACAUAUGUCGGAGCGGCCAAGGCGCUCACAAAUAUCUGCACACGCCUCUAUUGGCAAGGCGUGAAAGUGCUUGUUCAGAUAUUUUUGAGCAUCUCGGCCGCUCCGAUUUAUCUGAUGGCGACUGUACAGUGGAACUAGAUGAUCGUGUAUCUAAGGCGUUCACACACUGACAUCUCCAUCUCCCGCGGUGAGCGAAACGACAGAGUUAAUAAUAUUAAUGUACAGUAAGCUGCAGAUCUAAGUGACCCCCCCCCCUGCAAACAAAUUUCUAUGCAGGAGGGGGGGGGGGGGGGGUCACUUAACUCUACAGCUUACUGUGCCUAUAGUUAGCAAUAGAAGUAACUAAGCAAGCGACUUUUACAAGUUCGUUGUUAAGAGAAUAAAGGCGUGUGCAGAUAAUAUUGGACACCCUUACACUUACUUCUGAUGCUGUGUACAGUUACAUCAGCUAGCUAUAGUAUUUUUUGGAUACGGUGACAGCUGUCAUCUCAAUACAAUAUUUGCGUCUUAAGAGCAAUUCCUAGCUGAGCAACUUGUCAAAUCUCGAAUAUUUGAAGCUAUGUGUCUGUCGCGCUGCGGAUUCCCACGCAAAAAACUCAAGAACCGAGGUUUGGCUCUCGACUGUUUCCUCCUCAAUGCAACCAAUCAUUUUGAAACUUUUGCAAGAGGAAGAAUAAUCUAUGCCGCUAUGUUUUGAUUUUUUAGGGUUCCGUAGCCAAAUGUCAAAAAACGGAACCCUUAUAGAUUCGUCAUGUCCGUCUGUCUGUCCGAUUCUGUCACAGCCACUUUUUUGAUAUUUGUAAACUGCACCUUUUUUUGUAGCCAAUUCAAUUGAGCCGUUUUUGCGACUUUCAAGGGGCUGUAAGUUUCUUAAAAGUAAAAUAAUCCAAAAAAGCAAAACAUAGCGACACAAAUAUUGAUAAUAUUGAACUUAUUUGAAAAAAUCAUUGCUCUAGGUUAAAAAUCCAGGGAGGAAACAGUCGAGAGCGUUUGUACGGAAAAAAUCGCAACUAGGAAUUCCUCUUAAGGUUAUAGAUUAUAUAGAUGACCGUGGAUGUAUUAAGAAUCGGUAUAUGUGGGUAUUGCUAUAUUUCAAUAAAUCAGUCUUUGUCUCGAACUUGUGUUUGACUUACGUGUCUCAAUGUAAAUAUAACAUGUCGUAGCCGGUAGGAUAACUGUCACCGUACCAAAGCUAUGUAAAAAAAUAUUAUAAUAAAACGCGCGGAACGAUAUUUUGCUCGCCGUGGCAAAAAUGACAGACUAAAAUAACCAAUACCACUAUGUAUACGUUAUACAUUUUACCGUAUUAUCGUCAAUAAUUAUACUGUUAUGUAUUACUGUAACUGUCAAUACAAGUGAAAUAAAACUAUUUAUUACA